GAGCGAGCGUCGAUUUGCGGACGCGCUAUCCGCUCGCGCACCAGCUCUGCGGCAGGACAAGAGCCACAGUUGCACGCCAGCAACAACUCUACGCCAGCGCCGCGCGAGACCAGAGCUCUAGUCGCCCAGACACUGCAAGCAAAGCAAGCAAGCAGCCAUGGCGUCGCAGCUCGAAGCCAAGACGAAAGCCAUGAAAAUAGGAGAGCGCAUCCCCAAUACGCCUGAGGGCUGGCCCCAGGCCAAGAUCCGCAGCACCUUCGUCGAGUACUUUCAACGGCACGCGCACACGCACUGGCCCUCGUCGUCCGUCGUGCCCCACGACGACCCCACGUUACUGUUUGCCAAUGCCGGGAUGAACCAGUACAAAAGCAUCUUCCUCGGUAUGUCUUACCAGCGUUGUUUAUAUAUAUGAAAAGCCGGCUGAUUACACACCUUUCAACCCUUAUCUACUCUGACUCCUGAACGAACUUAAUAUGAGAUUUCUGCCUGACGGUUCUUCUCUCUACACACAAUACCACAAUACAAUAACAUAGAUAACAUAUACAUAUAGGUACCAUCGACCCCAAGACCAAAAUGGCCUCGCUGAAACGAGCCUGCAACUCCCAGAAAUGUAUAAGAGCCGGAGGCAAGCACAACGACUUGGACGACGUAGGAAAAGAUUUAUAUCAUCACACCUUCUUCGAGAUGCUCGGGAACUGGAGCUUUGGCGACUACUUUAAGGAGGAGGCCAUCCGCAUGGCCUGGGAGUGCCUGACGGUGGAAUUUCAAUUGGAUCCCGAGCGACUCUAUGUCACUUACUUCGGCGGCGACGAUUUGAAAGCACCGGGCGUGCCCCCAGAUGAAGAAACGAAAAGGAUCUGGCUGAAGUACGUCCCUGCUUCGAGGAUUUUACCGUUCGACGCGGGCGACAACUUCUGGGAGAUGGGCGACGUCGGGCCGUGCGGGCCCUGCACCGAAAUUCAUUAUGAUAGGAUUGGCGGGAGAGAUGCCGCUUCUUUGGUGAACAUGGACGAUCCCGACGCGCGGAGCGGCGUCCUUUUGACGCGUCGACGGCGUCGCGCGCCACGCCAUCGCCGCGACACGCGUCACAAAACGCAGGUCCUCGAGAUCUGGAACAACGUCUUUAUCCAGUACAACCGCGACCGGCACGGCCUGAAGACGCUGCCGGCGCAGCACGUCGACACGGGCAUGGGGUUUGAAAGAUUAGCCUCUAUUUUACAAGGCAAGAUGUCGAAUUACGACACCGACGUAUUUACGCCCCUAUUUGACGAGAUCCAGAAGGUCUCCGGGCAGUCGAAACCGUAUACCGGUAAAAUUGGAGAGGAAGACAAGGGUACGAUCGACAUGGCCUACCGAGUCGUCGCGGACCACGUGCGGACUUUGAGUUUUGCCAUCGCCGACGGCGCGGUGCCCGACGCCCUUGGGCGAGGCUACGUGUUGAGAAGAGUGCUGAGGCGAGCCGUGUGGUACGGCCAGCACUUCCUGGGCGCGCCGAAGGGCUUUGUGUUCAAGAUCGUGCCGAGGCUCUGUGAGGUACUAGGUGAUGCCUUUCCGGAGUUAAGACGAGCUCAGUCGACGAUCAUGGCCGUGCUGGAAGGGGAGGAAAGAGAUUUCAACCGUACUAUAGACAAAGGAGCUCGGUUCUUCCAGAAGCGAGUAUCGACUUUAGGUAAAGGUGAGCCGUUUCCGGGCAAGGACGCGUUCCACCUGUCCGGUUCCCUAGGCUUUCCUUUAGAUCUCACGGAGAUCAUGGCCGAAGAAAUAGGCCUGAAAGUUGAUACAGAGGGCUACCACGCUGCAUUGAAGGAAGAACAGGAUCGAAACGCGGCCGCGGUCGCGAAAAGAAAGGCGGCUCGCAGCGCGGGCGCGGACAUGACUUUUGCGGCGGAGCAGACGUCGGCCAUUGCGCAUUUGGCGAAGACCGAUGAUGCCGCGAAGUACGUCUGGAACGAGCGGCCGGAUGCGCGCAUCGUGGCACUAUUUGUGGGAAGAGGAGGAGGGCCGAAGGGCGACGGGUUCGUGGAUUCAGUAGAUGCCUCAUGUCAAGUCGCUGGAGCUGUACUAGACGCUACGAGCUUCUACGCCGAGAUGGGCGGGCAGACGUUCGACACGGGAACUCUGUUGAUAGACGAUGCGUCAGUCCUGCAAGUAGAUGAUGUGCAGGUCUACGCUGGUUAUAUCGUGCACGUGGGGGCGCCCUCCACCACUUUACGAGUAGGAGAUUCAGUGCAAUGCGCCGUGGACUACGACCGGAGGCAGCGCGUCGCUCCUAAUCAUACUAUGACCCAUGUCCUCAACUUCGCUUUACGGGAGGUGCUGUUGGGUGGGUUGGAGGGGGCCAAGGAGGACCACAAGAAGACGGGGGUCGAUAGGUGCGUCCAGAGGGGUUCGCACGUCGACGACGAGCGGUUACGUUUCGACGUGGCGUGGGACGCGCCUUUGACGCAAGAACAAUUGAGUCAAGUAGAGAAGAUCUGCGCCGAUAUCGUCGAUAAUGCUUUGUCUGUGGAUGCGGUCGAGACGCCGUUGGACAAGGCCAUGGACGUGGAAGCUCUGAGAGCGAUGAAGGGCGAGGCCUACCCGGACCCGGUCCGCGUCGUCGCGAUUGGUGGGAGCGUGCAGAAGAUCACGUCUUCGCCUUCCUCAAAGGACUGGUCUUCGUUAUCUGUCGAGUUGUGUGGUGGUACUCACUUACGUAAUACGAAGGACGCGGUCGGGUUCGCUUUGCUGGAAGAGCAGGGCAUCGCGAAGGGUGUCCGGAGGUUGGUCGCUUGUACUCGUGAAAAGGCGGCGUCCGCGCACGCCUGCGCUAGAGAUUUCAGAGAAAGGAUCGUGGCUUUCGAAAGUAUGCCCUUGGAUACAUCAGAAGCGUUCGCGAAGGCCGAGGAGACCCUCAAGCUGCUGAAGGUCGAGGUCAACGCGGCCGUCAUGCCGCAACAUCAAAAAAUGUUCUGUCGCGAGGCGCUCAAUUCGCAUUCGUCAGGACCCAUGAAAGCCGCAAGGAAGAAGGCCGAGAAGGCCCAAGCUGAUGCGGCCUCUGGAGCUUUUGAAGCAUUGGCAUCCUCCAACACUGAUGGAGCGGUGGCGGCGCGCGUGGACUUUGGGUGCGACGCGAAGUUGUGGCAGAAGCUCCAGAAGUCGAUCCUGGCGAAGAAGGCUCCUGGUGGCUCUUUCUUGGUGUGCUCGUCUGGCUCAGGCAAGGUCGGCGUCUACGCGUGCGUGGCCAAGGGCCACUCCAUCGACGCGCGGGAGUGGUGCGCGGCGGCCGCCGACGCCAUCGGCGGGGGCAAGGGCGGCGGCAAGGAGAAGGCCGCGAACAUGGUCGUCCUCGGCGGCGGCGACGUCGACGCGGCGGUCGCCGCGGCCCAGGCGUUCGCGAAGGGGAAGGGGCUCUAG